UUAAAGCACAACCGUAAUGAUUUUGUAGCGAAGUGGGAGUAUCAGCGAUUCCUCAAAUAUACACCUCAAAAGGAUGUGAAUUCUGAUGCUAAAAAAAUUACUAGUAGGCGUUAUAUAAAUUAAUAACAUUCUGAAGAUUACGUAACACAUAUGUAGUUUAUGAAAGGAAGUUUAACGAACACGGAGAUACAUUUGAAGAUGGAACAAUUUCAACAUGAAAAUUCUUCGAAAGUUACAUUCACCAAACAUACGAGACGUCCCAAAUUAGUUGUUGGCCUGAUCGUUAUAAUAGUUUUAGCAGUAGCAGUUAUUGUGGGACUAGUUGUGUAUUUUAAUACAGGUAACGAAGCGAGUGACACGAAACAAGCUAAAGACAAGAAUUCUAACAAUCAAGCCCAGGUACACAACGAAUUGAUAGACUGUCAUCCAGAUAAAGGUGCUAGCCAGGAUUCUUGUUCAAAGAGAGGAUGCAUUUGGGCGGAACAAAAGAUGAAGGGAGCACCUUGGUGCAUAUACCCAGAGAGUCAUGGUUAUUUGAUAGAUGGUGAUGUUAUGAUGACAACCCGAGGCCAAUCGGCCAGACUGCAUAGGAUACAGACAGAUACCAUAUAUGGGGGAGAUAUAUACGAAAAACUUUCUGUUACCGUCGAAUACCAAACAGAGAACAGUUUAAGGGUUAAGAUUGUACCUAAUAAUGUGACAAGGUAUGAAGUUCCCCUAGAGGCUCUAAAUAUUACAGCGUCCAGCACACUACCUGAUGUUCCACUCUAUGACGUCACAUUAAUAAAAGGGCCACCACAGUUUGGAAUAGUUGUCAAAAGAAAGGGGACAAACACAACCGUAUUUUCUACAGAUCUACCUGGAAUGACCUACUCUGAUCAGUUUUUACAAAUAACAACUCGACUACCGUCUGAUAAUCUCUAUGGGUUUGGUGAACAUAUUCAUCGUAGAUUUCGUCAUGACAUGAAUUGGAAAAGGUGGAGUAUAUUUACAAGGGAUAUUGGUGCAGUGGGACCAGAGAAUCUGUAUGGCGCUCAUCCAGUUUAUAUGAAUUUAGAAAAUGAUGGCAAAGCCUCCGUCGUCUUACUGAAAAAUAGCAAUGCCAUGGAGGUAGUGUUACAACCAAGUCCUAAUCCUGCUAUAACAUAUCGUGUGAUUGGUGGUAUUCUGGAUUUCUAUAUAUUUAUGGGACCAAGUCCUGAACAGGCUGUACAACAAUAUAUACAGGCUAUAGGACGACCUGUAAUGCCACCAUAUUGGUCUUUAGGAUAUCAUCUAUGUAGAUGGGGAUAUAAAGAUUUAGAAGAUAUGAAGAUGGUGAUCAACAGAACCAGAGCUGCUGGUAUACCUUAUGAUGUUCAAUGGGGUGAUAUAGAAUAUAUGUAUAAGAAAUAUGCCUUUACCUAUGACAGAAAAGACUGGUCUGGUCUUCCUGAAGUUGUUCAAGAUUUACAUACAAACAACAUGAAAUUUGUAGUUAUUGUAGAUCCAGGAAUUGGUGCCGAUAGAACUAUAAAUAUUGUUUGUAUUCAAUGUACUAUAAUAAAUAUGAGUUAUGUUUGGUUUUAA